UUUCUCUUCAGGCGGUGUUUAAGGGCGACCCUGUGGUCCCAGUGCAUUCUGGGAGAGUCCUCCCUCUUGUAUCGGGAGGCGCCGCUAAACCGAAACCGUGAAAAAAGUCUCCAUUGGCUAGAAGUACUGAAGUUUUCCAACCAUGUCUGUCCGGGAGUCUUUUAACCCCGAGAGCUAUGAACUUGAUAAGAGCUUCAGACUGACCCGCUUCACAGAACUGAAGGGGACCGGAUGUAAAGUACCUCAGGAUGUCCUUCAGAAACUCUUGGAAUCUCUGCAGGAAAACCAUUUCCAGGAGGACGAGCAGUUUCUUGGCGCAGUCAUGCCCAGACUUGGUAUCGGGAUGGAUACGUGUGUCAUUCCCUUAAGACACGGUGGCCUUUCUCUGGUUCAAACUACAGACUACAUUUAUCCUAUUGUUGAUGAUCCCUACAUGAUGGGUCGUAUUGCCUGUGCCAAUGUACUAAGUGACCUUUAUGCCAUGGGGGUCACGGAAUGUGACAAUAUGUUGAUGCUUCUUGGAAUUAGUAAUAAACUGACAGAUAAGGAAAGAGACAAGGUGAUGCCCCUGAUAAUCCAAGGUUUUAAAGAUGCUGCAGAGGAGGCAGGAACAUCAGUAACUGGUGGACAGACAGUUCUGAACCCCUGGAUUGUACUUGGGGGAGUUGCAACGACUGUCUGCCAGCCCAAUGAGUUCAUCAUGCCAGACAAUGCUGUACCUGGCGACGUGCUUGUACUGACAAAACCUUUAGGAACACAAGUAGCUGUUGCAGUGCACCAAUGGCUUGAUAUUCCAGAAAAAUGGAAUAAAAUAAAGCUGGUCGUAACACAAGAGGAUGUUGAAUUGGCAUACCAGGAGGCCAUGAUGAACAUGGCAAGACUGAAUAGAACAGCUGCUGGGCUUAUGCACACCUUUAAUGCACAUGCGGCCACAGACAUUACAGGAUUUGGAAUUUUAGGGCAUGCUCAAAACUUGGCCAGACAGCAGAGGAAUGAAGUGUCAUUUGUCAUCCACAACCUUCCUGUAUUGGCAAAGAUGGCUGCCGUGAGCAAAGCUUGUGGAAAUAUGUUUGGUCUUAUGCAUGGCACCUGCCCUGAGACAUCAGGAGGCCUUCUGAUAUGUUUGCCCCGUGAACAGGCAGCACGUUUCUGUGCUGAGAUAAAGUCUCCUAAAUAUGGUGAAGGCCACCAAGCAUGGAUAAUUGGAAUAGUAGAAAAAGGCAACCGCACAGCCAGAAUAAUUGACAAACCACGGAUCAUCGAAGUAGCUCCACAAGUCGCCACCCAAAACGUGAACCCAACUCCUGGUGCCACCUCCUAAUUCAGGAAUAAACAGUGAAUCUAUAGAUAGAUAUAUUCUAGUACCACCCUAGAGUAUAAAAGCUACUGUGUUAAUUUGUGUCAUGCCUGCCCAGUUGGCCUUAGGGCAGUUAAUGUAUGGAUACAGUUUAAAAACAGAAUAAAUCCAUUGCCUUUUUGUGUUUAUUUUUUUAUUUUUUCUGUUACAUUAACUGAAGAUGCACCUAAUCUUAAGGCAGCUUCUAAGUUGAGAAUAUUAUUAUCCAAUACUGUUGAUUCAUUUUUGAAUCUUUAUUACCAUGUAUCGUCUAUUGUCGCACAGGCUCCUUUUAAGGUGCUUUCACUUAGCACACAUUAACAACAAGUAGCGUGAUAGCGUUUUUGUUUGCCUGUUCACUAUGUGUACAAUGAAAACCUAGGACUAGUGUACAACAAGUUUCAGAUGCCUUGAAAGAUUAAAAAAAAAAAAAAAAAAAUAGGAUUGUGUGUCAUCAGAUUACACAAGGAAAUGUAAACUUAUUGAAAAGGUUGCAGUUUGAAAGCCUUUGGUUUGUAUUGCUUUUCCCAAAAGUUUAAAAACAUUGCAACCUCUAUUAUCUUGUAAAAUAGCACAUUCUGUAAAGCAAUGUAUGCCCUAAAGUGUUAACAUUGCAUGGUAAGCACCUUGGUUGAAGGACAAAUCAUUUCACUAUUCCCAGAGUAUUUCAACACUUACUGUAUUUGUGAUGAAUCUUCCAUGAUUUUUUUUUUUGUUUAGUUUUUUUGCAGCAAGGAACACUGCUCGUUUUAUCUGCUGUACAAUGCUGAAAACAUUACAAACUAAGACUAAUAAAUGGUUACUGUAUAUUACCCAUUUACCAUUUAGUUUAGUGUUUAUUAUAUUUUAUAUAGUGCUAUGUAGGCUGCUUUUUUGUUCUAUUUUAAUAAAUGCCACAACUAAUGUUUAGUUUGAUUCUUAGAUGUCUUCCCAUUUUUCUGCAUGCACUUGUGUUCUAUGUACUUACUGCUAACAUUAGUGAGAGGUAACGCUCAAUAAAUACUUAAUUUUUUUAUUACUCUUGUAUAAGAAAUUUAGUUGUAAUUUUACUGUAUAUCCCUGAAUUAUUACAUAAUCUUUUUAAGAUCAGAUUUUAGAUUAUUUUGAGACUGAUAUGUUGUAUCGCAAGAUUACGUUCAGCUGUUAAAAUGAUAACAAUAUUGUAUUAAUCAUUCUUUACAUCGGAAAACAUUGAUCGGUCACAAUAAUUUAAGUCAUUUAGAAUUUCUUUGCAGAACAACCAACUUGGUAUGAGAUCACUACUGUUAAAAUUCUACAGCAAAACCAACCUAUUGGGUGUUAACAUGGCUGUCUUGUGCCUCUUCAAUAAAGGCAGCUUGUUAACCUAUUUACUGCUGUUUCAUUUUCUUUAAUAUUCUAUUACUAUGCUGUAUUGUGUGGCAUGCAGAGUUUCUAUUGGCUUUUAUUACAUGUGGUGUGUGCCUUAGAAAAAACAGAUAGACAGCUAUCAAUGACUAUUUCGAUGCAUUAUCAACUGAUAAAAUGGUUGUACAUAGGUGAUUAACUAUGGAAGGGGUUGGCUGAGCAAGGUGCUAAUAACCAGUGUUUUAAGAUAUUUCAAGUUGAUAUUGGGAAGAUAGAGUGUUCUAUGUUCUGUACAGUCAUAAAUCUGGAAUACUGGCUAAUUCCAGGUGUAAGCAAGUUGGUUAAAAUCAACCUAUUCCAUUUUAAUUCAUUUUUGAUAGAAGUAAGGGUUUGCAAAGUCACUUGCAAGAAAAUGAUGGGCUGCCCAUGUGCACAUGCACAUAUGAAUAAUGGGUAGUCAGUAUACAAGAAUACAGAUUGGUAAUACAUUUUGGGUAUAACCUUUAACCAGAGGGAUACCAUAUAAUGUAAUUAAAAACUUGUCAUUGCUGUUAUGAAAUCUAAAUGAUUGCUGUAUAUAUUUUGCUUAUUCUUUUUUUUUUUUUUUUAAUCUGUCAUGUUUAAAUGAUUUACUGUUUUACUAAUCUCACCUUUUAUGUAAUUGUUAUUUCCUUAUGCCACUUGUAUAUCUUAUUGAGUCAUAUUUUGUAUUUUUUAUGAAGAAAAUAAUCAAUAAAAAUAGCAAUCCAACAUAACUGAAACUGGUCAGGCCAGCACUUCUGCCUGUAGUGGGGCCCCGAGUUUUAAUACACACCUCUGUCGAGUCUAAUCAACUAUAAAUAAGUUUUCUCUUCACAUUUUGGCCUAUAUCCAUGAGGAUUAAUUUGAUAGCAAAAGCCUUACAACACAGGAAUCAAAGACGGCACCACACUAUAUGUAUCAUUAGUGUGUAAAUGUGUUCUAUUGGUUAUAAUUAAGCUUUCAAAUGUAUAAAUUCUACUGUACAGAUAAUUGUAACAUUGGUUCUGUUCUUAUUCAGACUUUAUCAAACAAUAGGCAAGGAAAACAUCUGAAAGUUUACACUCCUA